AUGGAGAAUUAUAUCGGCUGGACACGCCCCCAGCGCCCUCAUUGGUUCCCAAAAUUCGCGGACUUUGACACGAGGAGGAAAUCGACGCGAGAUAGAAAGUUGAUCGGACCCACUUUAAUCACAUUUGUAAAGAGAUCAUUAACUAUGGCUCAAAUCAAUGGCCAUAAUACUGAAACAUGGAAAUCUCACAACAACAUGAUGCUGGAACCUCUGAGCACAAAUGAUCCUGAGGUAUUUGAAAUAAUAAAGAAAGAGAAGAAGAGACAGACGUAUGGAUUGGAGCUCAUUGCAUCUGAAAAUUUCACCAGUCGAGCUGUUUUGGAAGCUCUGGGCUCUUGUAUGAACAACAAGUACUCCGAGGGUUAUCCUGGGCAGAGAUAUUACGGAGGAACGGAGCAUGUGGAUGAAUUGGAACGUUUGUGUCAGGCAAGAGCUCUGAAAGUUUAUGGCCUUGACCCAGAAAAAUGGGGAGUAAAUGUUCAACCAUACUCCGGGUCACCUGCAAACUUUGCCGUAUACACAGCCAUUGUGGAACCUCACGGGCGGAUUAUGGGUCUUGAUCUGCCCGAUGGCGGCCAUCUGACCCACGGGUUCAUGACUGACAAAAAGAAAAUCUCAGCCACCUCUAUUUUCUUUGAGUCAAUGCCUUAUAAGGUCAACCCAGAAACUGGAUAUAUUGAUUAUGACAGACUUGCAGAAAAUGCUCGCCUCUUUCACCCCAGACUUAUCAUCGCAGGCACCAGCUGCUAUUCCCGUAACCUGGACUACUGUCGCCUGAGGAAGAUAGCGGAUGAGAAUGGAGCCUAUCUUUUGGCAGACAUGGCCCACAUUAGUGGUUUGAUUGCUGCAGGACUGAUUCCCUCUCCAUUUGAGUACUGUGAUGUUGUUUCCACCACUACCCACAAGACCCUGAGGGGUUGCAGAGCAGGCGUCAUUUUCUUCAGAAAAGGAGUGCGCAGUGUUGAUGCAAAGACGGGUAAAGAGACGCUGUAUAACCUGGAGAGUCUCAUUAACCAGGCAGUGUUCCCUGGACUACAGGGUGGUCCUCACAAUCAUGCCAUUGCAGGGGUGGCUGUUGCUUUAAAGCAAGCUAUGACUCCAGAGUUUAAGACGUAUCAAACGCAAGUUCUGGCUAAUUGCAAGGCAUUAGCUGACAUCCUUAUGGAGAAGGGCUAUAAAGUAGUUACAGGUGGCUCGGAUACUCAUCUCAUCUUGGUUGAUCUGCGUCCAAACGGAACUGAUGGAGGAAGAGCAGAGAAAGUUCUGGAGGCGUGUGCCAUCGCCUGCAACAAAAACACUUGCCCAGGUGAUAAAAGUGCCUUGCGACCAAGCGGCCUUCGAUUAGGAUCUCCAGCUCUCACGUCCCGAGGUCUGCUGGAAGACGAUUUCCACAAGGUUGGCGAGUUCAUUCACCAAGGCAUCGAGUUGACAUUGGAGAUUCAAAGAAACAUGAAUCCUAAAGCAACUUUGAAGGAGUUUAAGGAUGAACUGGCUCAAAAUGAAAAGUAUCAACUGAAAAUCAAGGAAAUUCGGAAGGAGGUGGAGGCUUUUGCUGGAAAGUUCCCCAUGCCUGGGUUGCCAGAGUUAUAAAUAUUACUCAUCUGACGUUUGAAUAAAAAUCUGCUUCAGUUGAUGCGCACAGAGGUUUAAAUACGGUUCAACAGUCUUAUUUCUAUUGCCAUUAUGCACCUCCAUAGAUUUAUGAACUGUGGUUGGUUAACGUACUCAACAUGAUUUUUGCAUGAAAAGCCUAACUGUACAAAACAGACCAGUAGACAUAAAAUAUCUCUCUGUAAUGACACAUUUGUACAUGCAAUAGAAAUAAAAAAAAUAUUGUUAA